UGGAAGUAAAAAACAUUAAGGACAGCAUCGGCAAGAGCAUCUUCGGCUGCUCUCAAACGACGGAGAUUGCGUUACUUUUCACAGAUUGACCGCUUACCACCUGUCUUUGGGCUCGCAUUUCGACGGAACGCUUGCCUCGAGUGGCGCGGGGCACGGAUCUGAACUCUUCUUCACGAGACAUUGAGCUGACUUUAUCGGAAACAUGCCACCACCACCAACAACAUGAGCUUUUUUCGGGUAUUUGUCGUUUUUUAUGCGAAAAGUUCGGGUAAGCAGAUUCUCGCAAAAACCAUUUGGCUUAAAAAAUGUGUUUAGAAGCCCACCCUGGAUUUGAAGCAAAAAGUAUUUCCUCGAAAUAAGCUAAAAAUACCCAAUUCACGCGGUGAAAACUUGGAUUAUUAUGGAAGGAUUAUCGAAUUUUUGCCUAACCUGAGGAAUUUCCAGUGAUGUAGGAUUAGGGCUAGGAAAAAAGCCUAUAACCUGCUCCUGUCGUUGUGGAUUUCCUCAAGAUCAAACAUUCCAGUAAGAACCAAAAACAACAGCUUAAAGGAGGUGCACACACCUUGAACUAGCCAGGGAAAAGGGGCUUCGGAUUGAGCUACACUGUCAUUGAUGCACGGUGCAAUUAGGUAGACCUGUUACUAUCCCCCGCGCAACCACAUCGGGAGUACUUUGAAGCGGUCCUGUCGGGGACUUUCUGGGGUAGGGGGCGGGGCAAAUCGAAAAUAACUUCUCUUUGUUUUUAUGAAGUACAUCAUUUCUCGCCCGGUUGACAAGGUGACGGCGGACUCCGUACCUUUGGAAAGGCCCUUUUGAAACAUGUCCUGGCAACAUGCAGGGCAUCACGAAAUUAACGUCAACACCUUGAAUCAACUCCAUGAACAGGGAGAGGCGAUAAGUCACAUCUUAAAAGAAGCUUGAUGUCUAGACGUGAAUAGUCUGUCCACAGUCAUUUUUCAUUUUGUAUUUCGAGACCAUUUGACAGCGUACGAGUGAACCGGAGCGCAGUAACGAGCCCUAACUCCACCCCAUUGCCCUUGCGGUCAAUAAAUCAUCGCGUUUUUCAUUUUUUUAUGCGCGUUCGAGAACCUCCAAAGGGAAUAUUGAGGGUCUUUGUGCAGUUUCAGUUUAUUUUACCGACAAAAAAGAACAAAACAAUAAAGCAAAAGACAAGUAUACAGAAAUACGCAGAAGCAAUGUGUUGAGGAAGCCCAAAAAGAAACCAUAAGGCUUAGGUCAUCCCCUUUUCGUUCGCUUAGCGUCGAAUAGGUUUCCUGGUUUUGGGUGGGUCGGUCGAUGGGGUGAAAAAAAAAAUCACAGGAAAUCUGAGAACGGGAGGCCUGAAUCACCAGCAUCAUUGCCGUGGAGACUUAAAACAACAAGACAUGGUCACCAAAUCGACACAAAUUCAAUAUGGCAGAAAAUUUGAUGGUCAAUUUCAUAAAAAAACGCCCAAAAAGGGUAAAAAGCAAAGAGGAUACACCACCGAACGUUUUAUGCCUCGAAAUGAUGUUAUAAUGCUAAUUUUUUAGAUUAAAAGAAUUAAUCUAAGUCCAAAAAAAAAAACCUUGUCGUUUCUUUUUCUUGCUUUUUUUAAAAAAUGCCAAAAAAAAAUGGGUCUUUUGGACGACACUAAACGAAGAAAAAAUUAAUAUAGGUAUUAAGCUCCCUUAAAGCAUAAAAGUAUAAGUUUACAAGGACAGGAUCGAACGUAUACUGAGUAACUAAAUGAUAAAAAUUUGAUCAAAAUUAAAUGAAAGGCUAAGAGCCUAAGCGCUGUCUGAUAACGAAACGGUAAACAAGAAGUGCUGCCUCUCAUUUAAAAGAGACGUGAAAUACUGGGUGGACCACAUCCUGAACUCCCGAGAAAACCGCAAGAGGGGAACGCUCAGGGCUAAGGAGACUAAACAGGGGCGUAGCUACUUGUACGCACGGUUUGCACGUGCGUACCCGAAAACGUUGAGGAAAAAAAAUAGAAUGAAAUAAACAUAACAAAAAAAAAUCGGUUUCCAGAGAAGCGACGACAUUAAUUGGAGAACCGAAUCUUGGAUGAUUUAUUUAUAUAGCAACCUUGAUGAUGUAAAGCGUGAACGCGUUGUUUUCUCCACGACCUGUCUUCGGAGUAGACGAAGUAGGGCACAAUUACGUCAAUGUGUGGUGCUUUUGUCGGUCAAAAAUAAUGUGACAAAAAGGGGUAAAAAGAGUCAUUUGUAAACUAAAGUCGGAGGUACUACAAGCUUGAUUUUUAAUAGCUGAAUUAAUGAUAAACGGUUGACGUCAAUGAACAUAACAAGCCGACAGAAUUAAAGAAUUUUAGAGGUUGUGUCAUUUCAUAAACAGCAAAAAUGCUUUUGCUUACAACUGUUAACCCCACCUUUAAUAAAGGCACCUUAAAAAAAUGUUGAGAUUAGGGGUGGGGGGGGGGGAGGGGAAGAAGAUGUAGAAAAAGUUGGGCGUACCUCCGGAAAAAUCCUGACUACGCACCUCCUAAAGCCUGAAACUGAACAACAGGAGUCUUGACGAAACGUCCUCAGUUAUCACCUGUCCGGGGUCGUACUUUCAUGGAAACGCUGAUCAAGAAUCACUCAUGACGGAAUGAAAACUCCUCGUAGCUUCCAGCGUAAAAAGGAGUGACAACAGUGGUAAGCGGUCGUUUUGUGAAAUGUAACGCAAUCUUUGCCGUUUACGAUCUUUCGGCGCUUGGAUUUGAAACGUUUUUGUUUGGUAUGUCCUCCCGUGUGGAUACUCGACAUUUCCAAUAUAUGGAAACACCAUGCUAAGGUACGAACAACAGACAUUCACAACAUUGUUUUGUACGCUAAAAGCUGAUUUCAUGGACGUAAAACGUUUUGAAUUUUUUUUAGUGCUUUGCCUUCCCUUUGACAACUUCACGUGACUGGUGCACUUGGCAGGAGUUGACAGCUUAAAUCUGCCUUUCUUGAUAGCAAACGGCAUUAAUUUAUAUCAGAUCGCUGUAUAAACACGUCUUGGUUUCUGAAAGCUGAUAACAUGAAACCACUAUUGCUCAAACUGAUUUCUUACUGUAUUUUUGCAAGUUUUUAGCAUCGGCCCGCCGCGUCUGGAAAGCUAAAAUUUCAGGAAAGUGCUACUUGUAUUUUUUGGCCUCAAAAAUUUUCUUUUAAGUUGCCCGUAGUUUUGAAAACAGAUUUUGAAAGAAGAUAUAACGCUCUUUAACAUGGUAUAAGACUCGUUACUGAAAUCGAGGUACCAGUCGACGAUUUUGGGCUUUGAAAUUUGCCAUUUUUUCAUUGAACGAAAACGUUCAAAAUAUUGGAAAUAAUGAAAAAUCUCCAAAAUAUUACACUUUCGUUCAAACUGAGUAAAUCACCACUUAGAAUGUGUGCAAUUAAGUACUCUUCUGAAUAAGUUAUUUGUUGUCCACAUUACAGUGGAUUUGAAUUUUAAAACGAUUUUUUUGUGACACAUGGUCUUGUGCCUGGAAAACCCGGUCCGAGAGCCGAGAAACCAAUAACCCCCCCGUACGUGGAAAAUAAUUAUCGGAUCGAAGCAAAAAUUACAUUUUUGUUAAUAGCUUACCUAGUGCUACUUUGUGAAUUUUUUUGAGAAUUUUCGAUUUUUCACUUUUGUAGACCUCUGGUCGAUAUUUACGGACAUCCGCUCUUAAGACACUUAAGAUAUAAGUGCGUUUACCGUGAAUGUUUGGUUUUGUAAAUGUUGGUUUUGAAGUACAAUUACUAAUUAGAACUGCUUGUAAAUAGUGCAUUGUAGCGUGAGUAGUGAGUAGGUAGGGUUGUAAGUACCGAGCAUUGUAAGUCUUUACAUUGUAAACUGAGUAAGUACCUUAGUCUAUUGUAUUCUAAAUAUUGUAUUGUAAGCAGUGUAAGUAUCGUAGUGUUUGUAAGUAUUUUUGAUUGUUGAUUGUUGAUUGAAUAAAUGUUAUUAAAGAUGAAAAAAAAAAUUGAAAAUCAUUUUUGUGCUCAAUUAUCUCACUGCUUUAGUAUAUACUAAAACAAUUAUUCACCUCAGUGUCGGUGGCUAGCGGUGGAAAUUUACCUUGCCACUUCGCGACCUCGGUAAAUACAACCACUAGCCACCUCCACUUCGGUGAAUAAUUGUUAUUUAUUCUCUCUUUUCUAAACCUGUUGCUUUUUUGCCGUUAUCGUUGCCGUCGCCGUCAUCGUUGCUUUGCUCCCUAACUAGACUUCCGGACAGUGUGUCCGGUAACCCAUGUUGAGAAUAACAAGAGACGGAAGUAGAACCAUUUUCUCAGUGGAUAGCUCAAACGUUUUAAAUUUUGAAUACAUUUUUUCUUAAAGAUACGGCGACAAGACGCCGAAGUCUGUAAUUGCCCGACUGUUCGCUGUGGUUUGGAUAAUGAUUGGUGUCACCCUCUGCUCACUUUUGGUAGCCACAUUGUCUAGAGCUUUGACAAGCGUUACAGUGGAGAGAUUUGGUCUGGUCGCACGAAUAAAGGUU